AUGGCUACGCUACUCUUUUCUUUCCUCGGUCUCCUCUGUAUCUCAUUUCAUUUGGUGACGGCCCGGCCAACUUCUACCGACGAACGCAUUGGAGGCCGCGGAGAGGACCUGAUUCUUUAUAUGACAGUGCAGAGUCAGGGAAUUCUCACUCUCGCCUUCAAUCCUUCCCAACCAGUGGACGAGAGCAUUCGCAUCCUAGCAACAAACACAGAUGUGGGUUACCUUCCCGGCUGGAUUACCCAAUAUGAGGACAAUUUUUAUUCAGUGUCACGAACCGAGUAUCCGACUCCGAGCUCCGUUGAUGGAGGGGUAUUUGCAUUCCAUGUAAAAGAGGGAAAUGAUCGCCACUCUCAACUUGAGCAUCUCAACUCAAUCAGCAGCGGUGGGCAGGGAGCUGUCUAUGUUGACGUCAGUCGAGACGGCCGAACUAUCAGCGUUGCCAAUAUCGAUGGGUCCACCGUAUCUAUUCAUCCUCGUGACGAAGGCGGUACCAUAAAAACUGCUUCUCACGUCUUCCAUUAUACACUAGACUAUCCGGGGCCAGGAACAAAUGGGAGCCAGAUCCAAAGCAACCCCCACGAAGCUAUCUUUGACCCCUCAGGAGAGUUUUUAUUUGUGGCCGACCGUGGCGCUGAUCGCCUCUAUGUCUACCACGUCGCUGGCCCUUUCAAUGUGACUAUAAUCCAGACGUUGAGUUUGGAACCAGGAACAGGUCCGCGACAUAUGACCUUCAGAACAUUCAAUGAAACACGGACCUACAUGUACCUUGUCAGCGAGUUGGACAAUUCCAUCCGAGUCUUUACUCUCGAUGGUGUGAGCAACAAUGAGGAAAUGGAAUCUCACGUUGGAGUUCCGACGAAUUUGACAAUUCAUCUUACUCAACGGAUAUCGACUCUGGGAGCUGAUCUGGGCCGUACCCCGCCCAAUAAUAUGGAUUUGGCGUCCGAGAUCGCUUUGUCAAACGACGGACGAUUUGCGUAUGCAGCCAAUCGAAACACAAUCAACCUUAACAGCGACACCGUGGCAAUAUAUUCAAUUAAUCCAUUAUUAGAUGAUGACCAUAAUCAUCUCACAUACCUCGGCCACAACAUGACGUAUGGGAAGACGCCUCGACACUUUUCGCUCUCGAAUGACCCCCAAUCGCGCUUUGGUGCCUUCGGAAACGAAGUGACCAACAAUCUAGUGAUUCUAGAGCGUGAUGAAUUGACUGGGUUUUUCACUGGCAUCAAAGGGAACAUCUCGGUGGGCAAGUUGGACCUGACCACCAGUUCGGGUCCUACGGCAGUGAUCUGGUCUUCCUCCGAAUGA